AUGCGNUCUUCAGAUCNGCAACCUCUGGGUCCUAGUACACCUNCNCCCUANGUGCAGAGGUAUCAAUCAGACUCAUUCAUUUCAAAAGAGGAACAGAGAAAAGUUCAGCAAGCGUUCCCAGUCUUUGAAGGCGCAGAGGGUGGACUCCUUCAAGCCCCAGUGGAGUAUAUACAGAUUAAAGAGCUUGCGAAGUCAGUCCGUAACAAUGGAGUCAAUGCCAACUUUACUGUGGCCCAAGUUGAAAGGCUUGCAACUCUGGCAAUGGCCCACAGCGAUUGGAUGACUGUAGUAAAAGCCGCAUCUCCUAACAUGGGAAUGUAUUUAGAAUGGAAAGCUUUGUGGAAAGACUCCUGCCAAGCACAGGNAAGGGCCAAUGCCAAUGUUGAAGGGNACCAAGGAACAUGGANUUUUGAGUUGCUUACAGGUCAGGGACAACANGCUAAUAACCAGACAAAUUACCAUUGGAGAGCUUACGAUCAGAUCUCAGUUGCUGCCUUUAAGGCAUGGAAGGCACUCUCUAAGAAGNGAGAGGCAAGUGGGCAUUUGACCAAGAUUACCCAGGGCGCCCAAGAGUUGUUCUCAGAUUUUGUGGCUAGAAUGACAGAAGCGGCAGGGAGAAUUUUUGGNGACCCAGAGGCAGCUAUGCCUUUAAUUGAACAGUUGAUCUAUGAACAGGCUACCCAGGAAUGCAGGGCAGCUAUUAUACCUAGAAAGAGCAAGGGACUGCAGGACUGGUUGAAG